AUGCUUGCACUUUAUCUGUCCUAUGAAUCAAAAACCUACCAGGAUGAACAACUCCUGGUAGAGGUACCAAUUGAGAGCUACGUCGUUUUAGCUCUUUGUCAAUAUCUAAGGGAACCAACGAUCGGCCAACAACUUCAUGUUAACUUUGUGCAAAGCAAAUCUAAUAACGACAGUGGAAAAGAAAACGUGGUCCUCAAUCUUACAAAGCUGAUUGCCGAUUUUCACGAUAGGGAAAAUUGGCCAACAGCGGCUACUCACUGCCAGCUUCCAACACUGGUAUGCAACUCUUGGAUCGUUUCCGGGCUGUGUGGCGUUUGUCGCCGCAUCACCAAAGCCCACGUUCAAUACUCGAAAGCACCCAAACAGAUUCUUGGCUUCAAAGGAAACACGCUGCUUGCCCCGGCUGAAGUAUCUAUGUUCACCAAGUUUUGCGAGGUUGAUAUAGAGUCGGCAGUUCGACAAGUGCUUCGCCUGGAAUCGGAUACAGUCGUCCCCGGUCUACCGGAAGAACUCGGAAAAUUUGAAAGACACCUGGCUCAGCCGCUUAAAGUUCACAACAUCUAUAAGCUUGUUAACAAUGUUCAAAAUAUUAGGGUUUCAUCGAGCCAAGAAUAUGAGCAACUACAGAAAGACGAUACUCUACAGCGCUUCGAUUUUCACGCUAAUCACAAAUUUGCAGAAGGGUACGAAAAAACUAUAGCCGAUGUUAUAAUUUUCGCGUGCAUGGAUUUGAUUUUGAAACGAAUUCCGUUUGAGAGCAUUGAACGAAUGCUGCCUCUUACGGCCGGCUGGUAUACCAGAGUCAAGCUCGAUGACGAUGACGAAACUUUGUUCCAAAUAUGCCAAAUGCUUAUCACAAAUCUUCAGAACAAUCUGACACCGUUCCUCGGAUUCCAACAAUUACAAGUGGAUCUUCCACCAUCCUAUAGUCUCUACAAGGCGGACAGUAAAAAGAUGAACUUGUUCGGCGAUAAAAUUUUGACCACCAACCAGGCAGAGGUUGAGGGGAUUUUGCAGAAAAUUAAACGACUCGAUUUAGACAUCGGAAGCGCGCGAAACGACCGAGAUGCAAACCUGUUCGACUGGGACGCGGUGCCAUUGGACGCAAAACCUGAAGGCGGAAAACUUCCAACGAAACGAAUCGAUCGAAAAAAGCAUCAACUGGAAUGUUUGGCCAACGAAGUCAUUGCCCUGGCCCAACCGGGUGAUAUCAUCGUGGACUUUUGUUCUGGAACUGGUCAUUUAGGAAUACUUCUCGCUCAACUUCUUCCUUCCUGUACAAUUUAUCUGCUGGAGAACAAAGAGGAAUCACAGCAGCUGGCAAUGGACCGGGUCCAGCGGCUCAAGCUGAACAACGUGCUAUACUUCCAAUGUAACCUGGAUUAUUUUACGGCUCGAUUCGAUAUCGGAGUAUCGCUGCAUGCCUGUGGAGUGGCCACCGAUAUCGUGUUGGAGAAGUGUUUCCACUGUCGAGCGAAGUUUGUCAGCUGCCCGUGCUGCUACGGAAAACUAUACGAAAUGGAACGAAUUCGGUAUCCUCGGAGUGAGGUUUUUCAGCAGUCGGACUUGCUGAUGAAGGAAUAUUUGUGUAUAGCUCACUGUGCCGAUCAGACGCACGAUUUGAACAGCACCCGGACGAAUGUGGAAAAAUCUCUACAGGGUUUCUACUGCAUGGACGUUAUAGACAAAGAUCGUGCGCUGCGGGCCGAAGAACUCGGAUAUUCGGUGGAACAAAAGCGUUUGAGACCCGAGAAUUGCACCCCGAAAAAUAGAAUUCUCAUAGGGACGUUGUGAUUUUUUUUUCGUAUUAACAAUUUUGUGUAAUCCUUGAUAAACAAACCUAGAGAAAAAAACUAUGUGUUAUAAAUAAAGGUUUAUAUUUCA